UACUCUUCAUCCGAGAGAAGGAAGAACACGGAAGGAGUGGCAGAAGUAAUUUUUUUUUUUUUACAAAUAGUAUCAGUAGUAUGCAAGAGAGAUAAAGCUCAGAUCUCUCGCCACUGUUCAACGCCCCAAUCCUCCCUCUCAGUCCACCCUUUGGUGCUUCCCAACUCCCAAGCCCCUUUGGUGCUCACCAAGAUUCAUCUUCUUCCACCGUUGUAUCCCCAAAUCUCCUCCGCAGGGAAUAUAUUUUGUUGUUUUGAUUUCCAACGCCCCUUUCUACAGCAAGCAAUUUUGUGUUUUUUAGUCGUAGAUUGGGCGCGAAUUUCCUUCCAUUCGUCGGAGAUUCAGGCAUUCGGAUUUUAUUCUUCGCGCAAUUUGUUCCUGUAUCCGGUCUUGCCAAGAAUUUUCCACCCCCUCUUGGCUUCCUGAUCCAUCUUUGAUGCGCCAAGAGGCGAGAUGAACACGAAUUACUCGGCGCUCCCAUUGACCUCCCCCUCCAUCGAGCUCCAGGCCAAAUCUAACGCCUCCGCCAAUGCCAACGUCAACGGCCACGCUAAGAUCUCCAAGCAAGAUUCGUUCUUGGGCGAGGUGGAGGACGGCGGCGGCGGGGCCGGUGAGCACGACGACCUGCCGCUCAUCGGCGACGGGCCCGCCGGGCCGCCAGAGGGGUCCGGCGUGCCCGCCGCCGUGUUCAACCUCGCGACCUCCAUCAUCGGGGCCGGCAUUAUGGCGCUCCCGGCCACCAUGAAGGUGCUUGGAGUCGCCGCUGGGCUCGUCUCGAUCCUGGUCAUGGGGGUCCUAUCCGAGAUCACCGUCGAGCUGCUCGUGAGGUUCUCGGCCUACUGCCGCGCGCUGUCGUACGGCGAGGUCGUGCACAGGGCGAUGGGCCGGCCAGCGAGCGUCGUGGCGCAGAUGUGCGUCAUCAUCAACAACGCAGGCGUCCUGGUGGUGUAUCUGAUUAUCAUCGGAGACGUGAUGUCAGGGUCACUGAAGCACAUCGGCGUCAUGGAUCAACUGAUUGGCCAUGGCGAGUGGGAUAACCGGAAGCUGCUGAUCUUGGUGGUUCUUGUCAUCUUCCUUGCGCCAUUGUGCGCGCUUGAGAAGAUUGACUCACUGAGUUUAUCAUCUGCUGCGUCAGUUGCCCUUGCUGUUGUGUUUGUGGUUGUGUCCUGCAUCAUUGCUUUGAUCAAGAUCGCUGAGGGCAAGAUCAGUAUGCCGAGGAUGGGGCCAGAUUUCAGCUCGCGAGCAGCAAUGCUAGACCUGCUCGUCGUGAUACCCAUCAUGACUAAUGCCUUCAUCUGCCAUUUCAAUGUGCAGCCGAUCUACAAUGAACUCAAGGAGAAGACGCCACGGAACAUGUACAAGGUUGGGAGGAUCAGCACUGUGCUAUGUGUAGUGGUGUAUGCCCUGACUGCCCUCUCAGGGUAUCUCUUGUUCGGUGAGGACACCGAGUCCGAUGUGCUCACCAACUUCGACAAGGAUCUCGGGAUCAGAUUCAGCUCUUUGCUCAACUACAUUGUCAGGAUUGGGUAUGUCAUCCACCUGGUCCUCGUCUUCCCAGUUGUCCACUUCUCGCUCAGGCAGACAGUGGACGCACUGAUCUUUGGGGAGCUGGCGACCCCUAGCAGGAAGAAAACACUCACACUGACAGUGGUGCUUCUAGCGCUCAUCUACCUUGGCUCAACAAUGAUACCGAACAUCUGGAUGGCCUUCAAGUUCACUGGAGCUACCACAGGGUUAGCGUUGGGUUUCAUGUUCCCGGCUCUGGUGGCAUUGAGGCUGGACAAGGAAGGGAGUCGCUUGGGACAUGGGGAGAGGCUCCUGUCACUUGGGUUGCUGGGGCUAUCAAUAGUUGUUAGCGUCAUCGGAGUCGUUGGAAAUGUAUACACCUUGAAGAGUAAGUCUGAAUGAUCUCUUGAAGAUGGACAGGUUGGUAGCUAGGGUUAGAGGAAGCUUUACAUCAUGACGACACAUGGUGUGUUGCAAUGACAGGCAAACAGACCGUGUAAACAUGGCGACUAUACACUAGGUCAAAAAUGAUAUUAAGAGAGCCUCAGGAUCCUAUAUGCAUUUUUACUUCAGAGGUUUAACACUGGACCAUCCUCCAGGGAAUUCUUUUUGUACUUCGGACCAGAUUCUUCAAUGUAUCGAUUUGAUUGUGUAUUUGUGUUCUUAUUACAUGAGGGCUCUAGAGUCACUUUUUGAUCAGCAACAGAAAAAAGAUCGGUUUUGAUGUACUUUGAGAAGAUUUGCUUCCCCAAGUCAUUAAGUUAGGCUGUUUGGGGGCAUACAAUUCUUAACACAAUUUUUAUACGAAAAUGCCUCCAGUGACACAUUGUCUGCUGUGUUAU